AUGAUGGAUGUGGAGAGAUCCUCGUUGUGCAAUUGCGUGGUGAAUUUCUUGCUGGAGGAGAAUUACGUGCUGACGGCGUUCGAAUUGCUCCACGAGCUGCUCGACGACGGCAGGGAUCACCACGCCAUUCGGCUCAAGGAGUUCUUCUCCAAUCCUUCCAACUUCCCUCCCGAUCAGAUCUCCCGCCUCAACUCUCUCCGAGUUGCAGACCCGCAGAGUUUGCUAGAGGAGAAAGAAGCAACGCAAGAAAAAUUGGCCCUCAGUGAAUACGAGCUGCGGUUGGCACAAGAGGACAUUUCGAAAUUGAAGUCUGAGUUACAGAAGAGAGUGGAGUUAUCUCCAACUCAUUUGACUGAGUCGACGCCUGAUGCCGCUGGGAGUCCAGGAUCAGAUCUUCUAAAAAGAAAAAAGGAUGGUUCUUCCUUUGACUUGGGUCCUCUGAACAAUAAUGAGCGUAGAGAUCUUAAUUGUGCUGUACAGGAAUAUCUACGACUGGCUGGAUACCGUCUUACUGCUAUGACAUUUUACGAAGAAGUUACAGAUCAGAAUUUAGAUGUUUGGCAGAACACUCCUGCUAGUGUGCCAGAUGCCUUGCGGCAUUACUACUACCAGUACCUUUCAUCCACAUCAGAGGCAGCUAAGGAAAAAGUUGCCAUGAUUCGAGAAAAUGAAUCUUUGCUGAAAUCAAGUGAGAUAUUGAAUGAAGAAAAGGGGAGGCUUCUUAAAAACAAGGAGUUGGCAGAUAAUCAAAUAAGUGGUUUGACCAAGUCACUAGAAACCUUUCAAAAGGAUGUCAAAGACAAGGAGAACCAGAUAAAACGGUUGAAGCAGUCACUGGAGCACCAAAGAAAGGAACUCAAUGACUGCAGGUCAGAAAUCACUUCAUUGAAGAUGCAUAUCGAGGGAUAUCGUUCCGGUAGGAAUGUGAUGGCUGGUGAUACUGACACUGCUGAAACCCAGUCAAUUGAAAAGUACAAGGAAGAAAUAAAGAUUUUGCAUCUAGAAAUAGAGAAGUUGAAAGCUAAAAGUACCACUUCUCCCGAGUCUGUGGAGAGAACCGACUCUGGAAAAGAGUCUGUGCAACCUGAAGAGAAAGUUGUUGAAAUUGAUGAAGAGACACCUCUAAUCUCUCAUCCAACUGAUGCUGAAAGUGUUAAGCAAGAUGUUCCUCCGCUUGUUGGAGAUAUGACUAAGCCUGAGGGAUUUGGAUUUCCACAAGAUAGUACAGGAAGUUUUACCGACAAAGUUAACACUAUUGACGAAAGUCCAAGAGUCUCAGAACAAAAUGGCGACGUGCCAUCACCAGCUCCUGGUAUUUCUGUGAAAUCAGACAACCUAGGUUGUGAUGGGUCGUUAGAGAAUACGGGUUCAGAGACUAUUCAAAUCCUUGCUGAUGCCUUACCCAAGAUUGUUCCCUAUGUUCUAAUAAAUCAUCGAGAGGAGCUCCUGCCUCUUAUGAUGUGUGCAAUCGAACGUCAUCCUGACGGCAGUACUAGGGAUUCAUUAACACAUACAUUAUUUAAUUUGAUUAAACGUCCGGAUGAGCAGCAGAGACAGAUCAUAAUGGAUGCUUGUAUUAGUCUGGCUAAGAAUGUUGGCCAGAUGAGAACAGAAACAGAGUUACUUCCUCAGUGCUGGGAACAAAUAAAUCACAUGUAUGAGGAGCGCAGACUGCUUGUUGCUCAAUCUUGUGGACAGAUUGCAGAAUUUGUGAGGCCUGAGAUCCGGGAUUCUUUAAUUCUUUCUAUUGUGCAGCAACUAAUUGAGGAUGCUGCAAGUGUUGUUCGAGAUGCUGCUGCUCAUAAUUUGGCUUUGCUGCUUCCACUAUUUCCAAACGCGGACAAAUAUUUCAAGGUUGAAGAGUUGGUGUUCCAGCUGGUUUGUGAUCCCUCUGGGGUGGUGGUUGAAACUACACUCAGGGAGCUGGUUCCUGCAGUAAUAAAAUGGGGAAACAAUUUAGAACAUGUUUUGAAAGUUUUGCUGUCUCAUGCCUUAAGCUGUGCUCAGCGUUGCCCUCCUAUUUCUGGUGUUGAAGGCUCACUGGAGUCGCAUCUACGGGUCUUAGGAGAACGUGAACGCUGGAAUCUUGAUGUUCUAUUGAGAAUGCUAAUUGAGUUACUUCCACUAAUCCGUCAAAAGGCCACUGACACUUGUCCUUUUCCUCCUGUUUUGGAGUCAAAUGACAACACCUUUUCUGAUGCCUUGCUAGACCUGUAUGCAGGUAGGGGGCAUGUGGAAUGGCCUGCGUUUGAAUGGAUGCAUGUGGACUGCUUUUCUCACCUGAUAAACCUGUCGUGCAUGUUACAUCGGAAGGAGGACAAUCUGAGAAACAGAAUUACAAAGUUCUUAUUAGCUGUUGGACAAAGUUAUGGGGAUUCGUAUCGUGUUCAUAUAAUGCUGCCUGUAUUCUUGGUAGCCGUCGGUGAUGAUGCUGACUUUACCUUUUUCCCUUCAGCUAUACAUUCGAGAAUCAAAGGUUUGAGGCCUAAAAGUGUUGUUGCUACAAGACUGGCUACAACGUGUGUUCUACCACUUCUCUUGGCAGGCAUUUUAGGUUCUCCCAGUAAACGUGAUCAGCUAGAAGACUACUUGAGAAAGCUGUUAGUUGAUAACUACCUGAAUGAGAAUCAAUCAACUAGGCGCUACGCUGAUGUCAUUGAUGCUGUUCGGUUUCUGUGUACUUUUGAACAGCACCACGGCAUGAUAUUCAACAUCUUGUGGGAAAUGGUUGUUAGCUCAAGUGUGGAUAUGAAAAUCAACGCUGCCAAUCUGUUAAAAGUUAUCGUGCCAUACGUCGAUACAAAGGUUGCUUCAACCCACGUGGUACCUGCCCUGGUAACUCUAGGGUCCGACCCGAAUCUGAAAGUGAAGUAUGUCAGCAUAGAAUCAUUUGGAGCUGUGGCACAACAUUUCAAGAACGAUGUGAUUGUUGAUAAGAUACGAGUUCAAAUGGAUGCCUUUCUGGAUGACGGAUCACAUGAAGCAACAAUAGCUGUUGUCCGAGCAUUAUCAGUAGCCGUGCCACAUACAACUGAGCGUCUUAGAGAUUAUAUCCUCAAAUUUCAGAAUCGCCAUUACUUGCAUCAAUUUGUGUUCUGUACAGAUUACCACUGUGACAUUACUCGUCGCGGGGAGAGGGCUAAUGCAUUCUGUGAAGCAAUUCGUGCCCUGGAUGCCACAGAUCUCUCGGUUAACAGUGUGCGUGAAUACCUGCUGCCAGCGAUACAAAACAUGCUAAAGGAUCCAGAAGCCCUAGACCCAGCUCACAAGGAAGCCCUUGAGAUAAUAAUGAAGGAAAGAUCAGGUGGGACCUUGGACACCAUAAGCAAGGUGAUGGGAGCUCAUCUAGGGACUGGGAUAGCAUCAUCGGUUACCAGUUUCUUCGGAGAAAGCGGGCUGUUGGGGAAGAAAGAAACUGCAGAAUCAUCUCCACAACAGUCGGCGCCUCCAUCUCCCAAUGCUGCUGCAACGCUUCCUCCCCAACCAGCAGAAGAUACAAGAUUCAUGCGAAUCAUGAGGGGUAACUUCACCGACAUGCUGAGGGGUAAAGGGAAGAACCCAGAUGAAGCACCACAUUAG